AUGUCGCAGCAACCCGAAUCAGAAAUCACCGCACACGAGGAAGAUGUCCACAUGCUUGACGCUGUCGCGCAAUACCGUGACGGGCGCCUAGUCGAGGCGACUGAAGAGCAGGACUGGCUAGACGAGCAGAACGCGCCGGUCCUCGAGUACAGGGACGAAGACAGCGACGAUGCAGAGCUCCUCGCGCGCAUUGGAUACGACCACGAGACAGGAGUUCUGGACAUCCAGAAUCCGUCCGUGUACCACGGCGACGAGAGCUCUGAUGAAGAGCUUUCGCAUCGCAACGCCGAGGGGUCUGACUUCUGGAGGGAUGUAGUGCCUGACGAGGCACAGUUCUCGAAGCGCAUGCCAGCGCAAGACUGGGCGCUCAAGCAUGAGAAAGCGGCCAGGCUCUUCGCCGAAACCGGCGAGGGCAACAGCAUGCUGCAACAGGAUGGAGGUGGAGACGCCUUGAUCAUCAACGCGCAGUCCAAUCAGCAUGGUCGCAUCACGGGCGAGGACUUCGCGUGGUCCGGUGCGGCGGGUUCAACCACGGAGCCUGCGGAGGAGGUGCAUGGAGCACUGGUGCGGUGGGUGAGACUGCGAGGCCGAGAAUUUCGACUGCGGAACACAUGUCCAUGGCUCAACGUGCUUUAG